AUGUCAGUAUCAAACCGCGCCAGAAGAAAGUGGACGCCCGAGGAGGAUGCUUUGCUCAAAGAAGCAGUCCAAUUUGCGCUUGAUGAAUCACGCCCUCUUCUCUGGAGAGAUUUAGCCAAGGCUGUGCCCGGGCGUUCUAACAAGGACUGUCGCCGUAGAUGGUGGAACAGCCUAGCCGAGGGCACAGCAAAGGGCCUCUGGUCUGAGGAAGAAGACGAUCUCCUCAUGCGAGCAGUGCAGCAGCACGGCCCGAAUUGGAGGCAUGUCGCGCAGGAUGUCGGCACGAGAACGCCAGACCAGUGCUCAAGCCACUGGACACAAGUUUUGGACCCCGACAUUAACCACUGUGACUGGACUGCCAAGGAGGACGAAGACCUUUUGCAUGAGGUGCUAACGCACGCCACCAACUGGAAGACCAUUUCUACCAUUCAUGUGCCUAAGCGCACAACGCUGUCGCUCAAGAACCGUUACUCUACGCUGCGGCUGAAGUUCCAGAAAAAAGCUGGGCAAGAAAAGAGCAAGUCCAAGAGCGAGAGCCGCAAGGCCCGCUCCUCGUCGUCGUCAUCCUCCUCCCACCAGCACAGAGGCUCCACGCCCGAGCCGAAUGGUGUUGGCCACUGCCCCAGCGCUAUCUUACAGCCGCACCACAGCCGCAGCAGCGGGAACAACAACCCUACCAGCAGCCCGUACGCCGUCAGUGUUACUGGGCGAGAUGUCUGCUACAGCACCUUGCCCUACAGUGUCGGGGCCAUGGCCAGCAGCACGCCAUCGGUGUCAACUGCGCGAGGCAGUGCAUCGGGAUCCGACAUCUCGGAGGUUCUCACACCACUCACCAUGCACGGCUCUCCAAUGGUGUCGGAUACGUGGCCAGACGUGAUGAUGGCCGACUCCAAAGCCUGCUUCGACGUCCACGACCCGACCGUCUUCUCGGCCUCCUUCCUAAACAGCGAGUAUGCUAUGUCGCCGAUGCUUGACCAGCAGGACCUGUUGAGCCGAAGCAGCGACUUUGAUUUCUUGACAGGCUUUGCGCCGCAGCCUUAUGCAGACGUGAGCAUGAAUGUGGACGGUGUGUGGCCGUGA